CAGAGUACCAUGCAAGCAUGGCCACUUUGACAACGUUUCUAACUGAAGCAGGGUUGACCAUGACCUGCUGUGAAGGAUGGACAUCCUGCAAUGGAUUCUCCCUUCUGGUUCUUCUGCUGUUAGGAGUAGUUCUCAAUGCGAUACCUCUAAUUGUCAACUUAAUGGAGAAAGACCAGUUUUCUCAAAACCCCAUCUCUUGCUUUGAGUGGUGGUUCCCAGGAAUUAUAGGAGCAGGUCUGAUGGUCAUUCCUGCAACAACAAUGUCCUUGGCAGCAAGAAAAAGAGCGUGCUGCAACCACAGAACCGGAAUGUUUCUUUCAUCACUUUUCAGUGUAAUCACGAUCAUUGGUGCUGGGUAUUGCAUUGCGAUAUCCACCCUGGCUCUCUUAGAAGGUCCUCUCAUGUGUAAUUCUCAAGUCAACAGUACUGCCAAUUGUAAAUUUUCAUUGACAAACGUCAGUUACAUUCAUCCAGAAUCCUUCGACUUGCAGUGGUUCUUCAAUGACUCUUGUGUACCUCCUACUGGCUUCAGUAGCCCCACCAGUAAUGACAUCACGGCCAGUGGCUGGAGAGCAGCUAGUUUGCACUUCAAUUCUGAAGAAAACAAACACAGGCUUAUCCACUUCUCAGUAUUUGUAGGUCUAUUGCUUGUUGGAAUUCUGGAGCUCCUGUUUGGGCUCAGUCAGAUAGUCAUUGGUUUUCUUGGCUGUCUGUGCGGAGUCUCUAAGCGAAGAAGUCGAAUUGUGUAGUUAAAUGGGAAUAAAAUGAAAUCAUCAGUAGUUUGAGUAAUUUGAGAAGUACACUUGUUUUCAGGGGACUUAAAAACUCAACCUUUCACAUAGAAAGCAUGUUGUAAAGGCAUAACGCUUUCAUACUGGUGGUUGAUUUGGGAAAGGUGGAGAGAAUUUUCAAUGAGUUUUAUAUCGUGCUAUUCAAAUUUUUUACCUCUUCAUCGUGUGGGGAGAAGGGAGGGAAGACGAGAAGGAAUAGAAGUCAUUCUGAAAAUAAAAGUAUGAGACCUUUUUUUUUGAGACAGGGUCUCUAAAAAGGCUGGAGUACAGUGGUACCAUCUCAACUCACUGCAGCCUCAACUUCCUGGGCUCAGGUGAUUCUCCCACCUCAGCCUCCCUAGUAAUUGGGACUACAGGCACGUGCCAUUAUACCAAGCUAAUUUUUGUAUUUUUAGUAGAGAUGGGUUUUUGCCACGUUGCCCAGGCUGGUCUCAAACUCCUGGACUCAAGUGAUCUGCCUGCCUCAGCCUCCUCAAGUGCUGCAAUUACAGGCCUGAGCCACCGUGCCCAAAGUACAAGACCUUUUUAUUGUAUUUCUUUAAGGAAUAAAUAUAUAACCGGAAUGUUAUCAACUCUUUAGAUCUAAUUCUCAGCUUGCAGGAAACACUCAGAUGAAUCCAAAAAGUGGGUCGGUAAACAAAGAAUGGCCCCAUUUUCAACAAGAAAAUGUUAUAAAAGCAAGAUAUUUUUGAGGAAACUGCUCCAGAUUAAGAGAAUAGAGACAUGUUUCAGUUCAACACAUGUAAACUUUGUCAGAGAUAAAGGGAAGAAUAUGUAGAAUUGGAUUUGAUGAUAUUAAGGAAUCAUUAAUUUUGGUAGGUCUGAUAAUGGUUUUAUAUUAUACAGGCUGAGUAUCACUUAUCCAAAAUGACUGGAGAUCAGAAGUGUUUUAGCUUUCAAAUUGUUUUGAAUUUUGGAAUUAUGCAUAUAAUAUUGAGAGAUCCUGGGGAUGGGAUGCAAGUCUAACCACAAAAUUCAUUUAUGUCUCAUACAUACUUCGCACACUUGGCCUGAAGGUAACUGCACACAACAUUUUAAAUAAUUUUGUGAGUGAAAUAAAGUUUUGACUGCAACUCAAAACACGAGGUCAGGUGUGUCAUUUUCCACUUGUGAUGUUAUGUUAGUAGCUCGGAAAGUUUUGGAUCUUGGAGCACUUUGGAUUUUGAAUUUUUGGGUUAGUGAUGCUCAACCUGUAUACAAAAAUGUCUUUUCUUUUUUUUUUUUUUUUUUUUUUUUAAAGAAAUGUAUAUUUAUACAUUCGGUGAGAAAAUAAGUUUAAAAAUACUUCAACCAAAACUGUGAAGCAAUGGAAAAAUGUUUAUGGUUAUAUUUAAGUGAUAGGUACAUGACAAUUCAUUAGACUCUUCUAUUUUCCUAUGUUUACAUUGUUCAUUAAUUAAAAAACAAUACCUAGAAAAACCUAAGUCUUUCAAAAGCUGUUUUCUAUAUGUGCCAAUCUUUAAAAAUCAGGAUAACAAGUGUAUUUAUUUAUCACAUUAAAAUGUUAUAAAACAAAAAAACUAAACAUCUAAAAUUUUCUGAAUAUUUCCAUAUUUUAUUUCAAUUGUUUAUGUUCAUUGGGCUUAAGGUUCUAGAAAUAAUUUACAGUACCUGUAUUAUAGCUGCCUAAAUAUAGUAACAUCGAGCUUAUAAUCCUUUUUUUUUGAACAUUUACUGUAUAUUCUCCCUACACCCCUACAAAUACUUAUUUGUCCUUAAGGCCUAGCUUAAAUAUCUCCUACUUGAGGAAGCCUUCCCAGUGCUCAAGAUUCAAUAAACCAAGUUAGCACUUACCCAAGCCUCUGUUAUCAUACCCUGUCAUAAUGUAACAUAAUGUGUUUGUACAUCCAUCACUAUAGUAUUUAGAAGCACAGGAACCACAGUUCUUAAUCAGCCCUCUCCGAUUCAAGUCCUUAGCAAGGCCUCUUGUUUCCCCACCCCUGGCCCCAUUCCUACCUGACCUGCCUCAUCUCUGGCAGAAUCCUUUCUAACCUUGACUUCAGCACAAAUACCACUUUUUCUGAGCAGCUAUUCCUAACCAUCUAACGAAAACUAAGUUUCCCUUUACUCUUUUUCCAUGCUUUCAUUUACAGCAUUUAUCACAAUGAUGACUGCAUUUUCAUUUGUGCUUGCUUCUUAAAUUUCAAGGUCUCCCAUUAGACCAUAAGCUACAAGGGUACAGAAACAUGUUUAUUCCUUCCUGGUAUCAACGGUACUUAGUACAGUGCCUGGGACAAAGCAGAAACACUGUACUUAGUUGAAUGACUUAAUGAAUUCUAUCUUCAGUACCCAGCUUUUAGUGAAGACUAAAAACUUAUUAAAUGAACUGUCAGACUGCUAAUAGUGUCAUUUUUAAUGUUAAGUAUUUAUGUGUGAAAAAGUGUUAAGAAACAAUGACUGUUUAUUGGUAGCAUAUACAUUCAGAAUCAGGAAUGACAGUGAUGCUGAACAACCUGACUGUCUGCAUGUGUGGCUGAGAUAUCACUGUGACAUCUUUGCUCUUUGCUUUCUGAUGGUUCUGUGUACACAAACUUUGUUUCAUUCAUAAAAUUUGAAAUACUGUAUAAAAUUAUCUUUAGGUUAUGUGUGUAAGGUAUAUGUGAAACAUAAAUGAAUUUCAUGUUUA